UCAUUUGUCCACAUCGGUGCAAAUUCCGUGCUCAGAUUGUUGGAAAACCUGAGCGGUUCGGUACAGAGAGCCACCGAUCAACCAGACCCGCAGAUUUGUUGCGUACUGUUAGACUCCGGUUGGUUGAAAUCGCAACUGGGGCACCAUGUCGCACAUUUGUGCUCCAUCUAUGGUGUUCGACUGAUCGUGUUACGACCAGUCCAAACACUUGCAAAACUCAUGUCCACCGACUUGCAUACAAUAUCCCGCUGUAUCGCGGUCGGGGUUUGUUCGUCCCAUACUGCUCCGUCGGAACUGCGUGACUGGAUCGAUCUAGUUUGUAACUCCAUUCCCCCACUCAGUUUGCCACUUGUGACUCCGCCUCAGCUUCCGUUGCCGCAACCUUUGAAAAGAACAGUUGCAUCAAGUGAUUCGUUGACAACAACAAACACGGAGGUUAUCGCUCAACCCUGGGACAAUUACGUGACUGAUCCCGCAAAACUUUACCUCCCAUCUGAUUGGACGGUACCCCCAGACCGAAUCAUUACACUGACCGCACUCUGGCGUCUGUUCGGCAAUCCAAAGACCGAAAUACGAUCACGGUCGGAUAGAAAAGAGGCAGAGGAGAUGGAAUAUCUACCGUUGGUGGGGUCGGACUCUUUUCAGAUCCCAUACGGCGAUACGCUGGUGCGUACGGUUCCCGGCCAGACGGACGCUCAGCGGCAGAACAAGAAGCGCGACUCCCGUCCGUCGAAGAAGUCCAAAGGCAAAAGAAAAAAGAAAAGACGGCACAAUGAGCUCCAGUGUUAA